UUUUUUUUCAGUAAAUAGUAUACUCCUAGUCUGGAGAGAUACUGGUUCUCUUUGUUAAGUGCCCUGGCACUGCAAGGAGCCCAGUCUGUAGAAUGCUGGUCCUUUGCAAACCAGUUACCGGAGAAAGGCUCCAAUGUUCACAGAGUUGUAAAGUCACAAGACAGUAGAAUAAUUUUGAUUGGAAGGGGCCUCUGGAGAUCAUCUGAUCUGGUCCCCUGCGAUUCUGGUGUGGGGAGGCACAGCAUCUUCUUUCUAAGGCCCUUUGUUGUGCUUCAGAAUGUGUAAUGUUUGUUGCUUCUGCCUGGCUGCUCAGCAUAGUUGGGGCAGUUGCUUCCUUUUGUCCCCACUAAGCCUCUCUCCCAAACAGGAGGAUCACAGUGUUGGAAGGAUGUUCACUGCCUUAAGAUCUCACUAACUUGUCUGCAAAUUGCCGGGUUAUCCACCCUUUACUGACUGAAACAAUCUGGCCUUCUUUAGGCUUAGACCUUAGUGCCUUAAAAAAUACUUGUUCUAGCCUUUCAUCGAGACUUGAAUUUAUUUUAACUUAAAGGGCUAAAUUUACUAAGGUUUGGCCUUCUCUUCAGGGACUGAGUAAAGUAUGACUGCUGUCCCUUGCACCAUGGACAGAAUUUCCCUCAACUCGAGGAAGCACGUUUUUGGUGAAUAUAUCUUUCCUAAGCCAGGUACUCUUUUCCAUGCAUUUUAUAUUCACCCUUGGCUCUCUAUGCCAUGUAUCAUAUACAUGGGGUGGGAUAAAGGGCUCUGAAGAACUCUUACAGUCACCAUUUUUAAUAUUGUCCAUGAUCUUUACCUUGACACUUACACAGCGCUGCAUGUGUGGUGCAUCUGAUCUGUAAGCUAGAUUGUAGGGUUCCCUCAUCUUUCACCUUACAGCUAGAACACAGAAUUUUUCUAUGCUCUGAGACCACUUGUGAAGGAGAAAAACUUGCCGUUUCUCCUUGAUGUGAUUAAUCCACUGUUUUAAUUUAAAAUGUGCCGGAGAAAGAGAAGCCCUCUGGAUGCUGGCUGCUUCCACGGGAAACUGGCUUGCCAGAGGCACUUCUUGGAUUUAAGAGACUCAACGGUUCUCAAGGAGCUUUUGGAGAAUCUUGUGAAUUAUUUUGUAACCCAGAGGCAAUGGAGAUUGGCCAGUACCAAUGACUGUCUUGCCUAGUUCAUUUCCCAGCCAGUGCCACGUGGGACACUUGCUACUGUUUGUUCUUUAAUGUCCUAAUUACUGAUGUACUUAUGCUUUCCCUUGGAAGACUGACUUGGAGAGACUUUCAUUUUGCCCACCUCCUUGUUUUUCUUUUCUUUGGACAAUGAUGGGAAGUAUCACACUUCAUACAAAUGGUCCUAGUUGGAUAUCCGAUGCAGUUGCUGGUCGACCAAAGGCUACUACAGAGAGUGCUCAUCUUCCUACAGUUUCUUGGCUGAAAGUGCUUAUUCCUGAUUUCUGCCUCUGGAGAUAAAGCAGGAGGACCAACUAGCUUCUCUAGUUGACUUUGUUUCAGAACCAGAGGCCUACCUUUUGAAGACAGAGGGUCUAUUUGCCAGCAGUUGUUUGCUAUCAAAAAAAAAAGAUCUAAAAGACUAACUCCAAAGUUUGAAUUUAAGAAAGGAGGGCUAUAUUAAGCGUAAUACUUGUCUGCAUUAGACCCAAACUGAACAAUGUGAAUAGACCCACAAGUCACAUUUGAAAUAUAGGGAAUUAGGUGUGUUUGCAGAACUUGCAAAGCCAGUAUCACUCUUGAAUCUGUUCCUCAGCCACUGGCUGUGAAUCAUUUUUAUUUUUAUUUUAUGACCUGCUGAGGAUUUUAUGAACCCUCUCUUCUAUGAUGGACUAGUAUUUUUAUUAGUUAAGAGGAGUUUAUGAUGACUGCAAUGACAGAAAAUAAUAUGAGGCACCUUCUUCCAAAACUAGCAUCGAGUUCUGACUUUAGCUUUGCCCUCUGGUGACUUUUAGCAGAUAGCCAGGACCCUGCAGAUUCUACCCAUGGAAGCUGAAUUGGUAACUUGGAAUUUGAUUCUCUCCUUGUGCUUCAUAGUUUCAUGCAACAUACAGGACAACUUUUUCCUGUCAUUCCAACCAAGCCCAAAUGUCCAGGUUUCAGGGAAGGGCUGUCCCUUUCUCCAUCAAAGAGUAGAGGCUAUUAGAGACAUGAGAGGAGAUCCCAAUAUGGUAGCAUGGAAAGAGUUCAUUUUCAUUGACAUUCAAGUGUGUAUAAGCCAACAUGUGCCCAGCAAGUUUUCUCAAGAGCAAGAACCCCCUCACACUGCAAGAAAACCCAGAUGAUUCUGUAACGGAAGAAGCUGUUGGAAGCUUUCUGCUAUAGUAUGAGCACUGCAGAGGCUGUGCUUUUUUAUCUACAUCCUAUGAAGGAGCCCUCCAUCUUUAUUUGCUCCUCUAGUCCCCAUAAUUGAGCUAGGGUGACUAAUUGCAGAUUGUGUGAACACAAUUUGUGCUGUGUGAAGUCUGAAGAGUUUUAUCUUUAUCAUACUUGAUAUCCUCUUCAGUCACUUUGUUCUUAUUUAUAGAAACAUUAAGCAAAACUCUUCAGGGAAAACUGAUUGUAUCUGAGUGUUAAUUCUGUAACUUCUUAAAUUGCGACAGAAGUAGACUAAGUUAUCCAGCAGGGAAGCAGAAAUGAUACCAGGUUUACUGGUCCACAGACCACUGCGGUUCAUAAAACACCAGUUGGUGGUGGGCUGUGAAAUAACGACAAAGGAAAUCUACUUUUCAACUGCAAGCAGACAGAAAAGUGGGAAGGAAAUAGGCUCUGCUCUAGAUGCUUAUUUCUAGUUUUAAUUCGCUAUAAAUGAAACCCAUUGUGACAGCACUGCACAAUACAAUGUGAACCCUUUUUUCCGGUAAGAUUACAAUGUCUUUGACUUUUGAAAAGAGACUGAGAACUAAGCGGCUCCAAUACAGCACACUGAAAAGAAAUAGCAGUAGGAAAUCACCUAGCCUCACUCUUUCUAUAUUGCAAUUUAUUGAUGCUUAAUUUUUCAGCCAUUCCAAAGAGCUGAUGUUCAUAUGUCAGCCCAUUUGUGAUGGAAAAAGUUGAAUGUUUCACAUAUGGGAGUUAUUGCUAUUCUAGGGUUUUGUUCUUCUUUUCAUGCAGUUGAAGGAAUAUAUCUUACUCCCCAAAAAUGAAUCUUCUGUCUAGGAUAAAGUGCCUUCAUAGCCACUGGAGUUACCCUAAUUUAAGAUAAUGUGACCAUGCCACAUAGAGAGGGCCAGAUAAGGACACCCAUGCUACUGUCAGCUGCUUUGCACCUCAGACCAGAGAUUCAUAAGAGAGAUAAAAAAUCAUGUAAUAUUUCUUUGAUUAAGAAAGGACCUGCAAUAUCUGGGUUUCUUGCUUAUUUGCAGAGCGCCCUGCCAUUCUGGAAUGCCAUUCCAGGAAUGGAGGGCAAGGGCUGCUUCUGUGCAAUCAUUGAUCUGGUCUUGGCAAGUGCCUGCUUGGCAGUAGAAAGUGCUGAAAUGCCCAGUUGCUAUCUCUGCGAUUGUAUUCAUGAUAGCACUAGCUAAAGCUAGGCUGACUAAGCUGGGGAAGUUACCUUGUGUGAUACAACCCCGAAGCAAAGCUCUUCAGCAGUAUGUAUUACCACACAGGGCAGCUAAGUCCCCUCUGUGCCACUACCUCCAGCAGCACAUCAGUUAAAAACACACACAUAAUGGGGUGAGAGCCUUCCAUUUGUUGACCUGACAUAGGAGAGGGAUGACACUUGAGGUUAUAUUAAAUUAACCCCCACAAGUAAGGACUGCUCAUUCCUAUUUCUGCUGAGUUUAAUGCCUAUAAUGUGCCUUGUUACGGUCUUCUGAAUGUUACCCCAGCUGUAAAAGCAGAUUAUAAGUGUGUAGAUCCUUUUCAAUGAAUGUCACAUGUCUAACUGAAAUAUAAGAGAACUUUCAAGCAUUUGCUCUUGUGUGUACUUCCUAGUUUAUAAAUUGCUUUUUAGUGUUUGCACCACAAGUAGAACUGAAAAUUCUAUGUUCUUAUUUCUGGAAUUAACCUUGUUACCCAUUAGUAAGAAUCUGCUGUUGUUUUUUGGACAAAAAUGCAAAAUUAUUUGGUUCAAUGGGGGAUUUUUUUUUCUUUUUUUGGAGCCUUUUUUUCUUCGUUUUUCUAAGGAAGAUCAUUUGAAUAAAUACCAAGAGAGGGGAAAAAUAUAUGGGAAACCACUGACAGCCCUCUUUAAUGAUGUGACCCACUCUAGCCAUCAGUGACUGGCUGCCAUGCCUGUAAAGUGAGAACAGUUACUGUUUGAUUCUAAAGCACUUGAAGUACCAUGAGAAGAAAAGUCUUCUAAAAAUUUUGUUUGGUUGAUAAAUGAAGAUACUGGUUGAGCUUUUCACACUUCCCACAUGUGACAGUCACCUAAUAAAUAAGUGGCCAACAUAAAAAUGGAGGUCUGUUGGGGCUCACAUGGUAGGUUUAAUUUAUGUCCUCCCAUUCCCCUUAGCUGAUGACCUUUGUAGCUCAGUGUUGCAGCCUUUCUGUCUCUUCCCCCUUCUGCUCAGUGGUCCCAUGUGCUCAACUCAGAUGGCUGACCUGACUGAAGACCCAGCGGGCACUUGGAACCUGACCUAUGGGAAACAUGCCCUACAGCAGCAAUGCCACCACUUUCUGACUGGGACCAGGGAUCUUUGGGAGACAUUAUAGAAACAGAAUAGUUUGCAUUGGAAGGGAUCUUACAAGAUCACCUCAUCCAUCCUACCCCUGCAACUAGACCACGUUGCUCAAAGCCCUAUCCAACCUGGCCUUGAACGCUUCUGGUGAUAAAUAAGGUGUCCACAACUUCUCUGGACAACCUCUCUGUUCCAGUGUCUCACCACCCUCACAGUAAAGAAUUCUUCCUUGCAUCCAAUCUAACUCUGUCCUAUUUCAGUUUAAACCUGUUUCCCUUUCUCCUGUCACUACAAGCAUUGGUAAAGCCUAUUUCUUAUAAGCACCCUUUGAGUAUUGAAAAGCUAUAAUAAGAUCUCCCUGGAGCCUUCUCUCUAGGCUGAACAGCCCCAAUUCUUUCAGCCUUUCCCCAUGGGAGAGGUGUUUCAGCCCUCUGAUAAGUUUUUGUGCCCGUCUGGGCAUGCUCUAACAGGUCUGUGUCUUGUCAGCCUGUGCAAAAAGACUUGACCAUGGGGAAAGAAGAAAUGUGAGAGGGGUGCACACUUACCCCUGUGCACCCUUUGGUUAAUGCGUUUGCUGUAAAUGGAGGGGGAAAUGCCAAUGGCCAUAACAGCUGUAAGUAAGUUCCAACUAUCAGAGCAGGGAGGUUACGGCACAGACCUUCCCAAAAAUUCAGCCCAGGUCUAGCUACUGUUAAUGUGGAAUUUGGUCAACUUAUGAAAGGGGUCUCUAUGACACAGAUGCCUGCGAAAGUAGGGGACUCGGUGACCCAGGAGCUGCCUUCCACAUCUCUUAGGCUCAGGUCAGACUGACCCUCCAUUACCAAAUCUCAAUAACAGGUCCAGAGUCCUCCACAGCUUCUUACCUGUCCCACUGAGCUGGAUGUGCUUGCAAAAGAGCAAAUGGGGAAACAGAGCAGGACCUUUGACCCCUCGCUGUCAUUAUAUUCGCUCCAUAAAUGCUGGUGUCUCAGAUGAGCAUCUACCUCAGCUUCAGCCUGAGAGAGAAGGCAGGACAGGUCUCUCAGUAUAGAGAGCAGAACUGGUACUGCAAACCAUGUUGCAAUCCAGGGUAUUGGUGAUAGCUCUGAUUCUGCUCCUCAGCACCACUCUGCCUGAAGUGCACUCAAAGUCUGUCUUUGAGAGAGACCGUCGUGACUGGCUGGUCAUCCCUGAUGCAGUUGCAUCUUAUGUCUAUGAAGCUGUGAACAAGGUGUCCCCUAGAACGGGUCAGUUCUUGGCUGAUGCUGCCCAGACUCCAGCAGUUGUUGCAACUAGGAACUUCCUCAUCAGAGAAACAACUAAACUCAGUAUGAUGGCUGAAGAGCUGAUUGAAAAAGUAAGGAACCUGUGGAGAAGAGUCCGAGGCUAUUAGCCAGAAGAAGACAAGUCAGUGUCUCCUGAUGUGAAUUGUUAACACCCCGCAGUGUCCUCUUUCCUCCUGCUCCUACUACGGGCUAAGAUCAGUCGAUAAGACAGAAUCAAUGCUCCUCUUAGUGCCACUAGAGGGAACCCACCUUCAAAGACCAAAAGAUGGAAGGCAUCUGCUGAAGCCUCCCCCAGAAAAAAAAAAGAACACGCAGCUGGGCAUGGGGAAGACAAUAAGAUUGUAGAGCUCUUCUGUAGCCAAAUCUUGAAAAUUA